GGCGGGCCCGGAAGCGGCGGCGGCGGGGCCCGCGGGCGGCGCGCGGCGGCCGGGCUCGCGCGUGGCCGCUGCCGGCGGCGGGCAUGGGGCCGCAGCCGCGGGGCUGAGGGGAGGAGCGCGGCUGGCGGCGGCGCGCGCCAUGAGCUGCAGCAUCGAGAAGAUCCUGACGGACGCCAGGACGCUGCUGGAGCGGCUGAAGGAGCACGACACCGCGGCCGAGUCGCUGAUCGAGCAGUCGGCCGUGCUGCACCAGCGCGUGGCCGCCAUGAGGGAGGCGGGCGCGGCGCCGGCCGAGAAGGUGAGCGCGGCCGGCGGGACGGCGGGGCCCGCGGCGGCUCGGCCGGGCCGGGGCGCUCCGGCAGAGCGGGCGGACGCGGCCCGGCUGCGGCCACACGCGCUCCUGUCCCAGGAGAACACGCAGAUCCGCGACCUGCGCCGGGAGAACCGCGCGCUGUGGAUCUCGCUGGAGGAGCACCAGGACGCGUUAGAGCUCAUCAUGAGCAAGUACAGAAAGCAGAUGUUACAGAUAAUGCAAGGCAGAAAAGGCGAAGACGCAGAACCGGUCUUGAAAGUUCAUCAGGCGAAUUCUGUGGAAAUUGAAAGUCAGAUAGAUAGAAUAUGUGAGAUGGGAGAAGUGAUGAGAAAAGCUAUACAAGUCGAUGAUGAUCAGUUCUUUAAAGUUCGGGAGAAGCUGGCUCAGCUGGAGCUUGAAAACAAAGAGCUGCGUGAACUAUUGUCAAUCAGCAAAGAGUCUUUUGAGGUGGGGAGAGAAGAUCUGCCUGACAGUGAAGCUUAGGUUACAAAAUAAUGUUACCUCCAAAUCUUGACUUCAGAGACUACUAUGAAACCACCAACAAGGAAGGAUGGUUUGUAAUUUGUUCUUUCAGGUGUUUCCUUUUGUGAUUGUUUUAUCUUUCAAAGUGUGUGGCCUGCUUUCCCUGCAUUUGUCUCAAAUUGCAUACUCUUGAUGGCAGAAGCUUGCACUGCUGCUCUGUCUUAUUAAUUGCAACAAUGAAGUAUUCAUGGUGUGUACUCCCUUGUGAUAGUUUAUUUCUUCUCAUGAGUGUUAUUUUUGAUGAGCUUUAGUUAAUAAUUCCAACAGUGCAGAUAGAACAUAAAUCUACUUUGUCAGUAGCUAGAGAACAUAACGCAGAUUAUGGUGGUUUUAUUUGAUAGAAGGAAUAAGAAAUUCUUUGCAAACUACAUUGUAAAUAGUAGGUAUGCAUUUUGCUUUGCCUGCACAAAGCAGGCACACAGCUUUUGCUUUGCUUUGAAGAGCUAGCACUCAGUAUUUGGCCGGAUUAACAUUCUUGAACAACUGCUUAGAGGUAGAUUGAGAGAAUAACAGAUAGUCAAUUGAGCACUUUAAUUAGUAACUCACAUAAGGAGUAUACUUUGCCUUGAUUUAGAGGGGAAGACUGGAGUUAAUGACCCUUCCUCACACCUCUGCAUUUUUGAAGGAUGUUGCAUGUGACACUUUUUUGUGGGUAGACCUGUUCUGUCCUUAGCUGUGCUCCAAGGUAUGUGAAUACUGGCUAGCUCUGAUCCAAAGGCAGUGCAGUCGAGCCGGUCUAGUACACACAGCAGAACACAUCAUUUUCACAUCAAAGCUGUUUGGCCUUACACCACUUUGGACCUCAGGAAGAGCGAACUGUGGCCUGCCUCAAAUAGAAUAAACCAAAAGCAACCACACAGACAGAUUUUAAUGUUAUAUCGCAGGUAAGUCUAGUGACAGAUGUGUUAUGUAUUUAUUGCAAAAAUGCUACACUGGGUGAAAUUAGAGUUGCAAUGUUGCAGGACUUUUUCAAUAUUGUGAUAUUUUUAAAGGCAUUUUAAUAUAAAUAUUUUUGUUCUAUUGGUGAUCAAAAGAAUCCUUCAAGAACAGUAAACAUCUUAUUUCCAAUAUUAAAGUUUUAUGCCUUUUUUUUUUCCCAAAUGAAAAUUUCGAUAGAUGCAGAAGGUGAAUUUUAUUUUUUUUUUAAUAAGAGGCAUUUCCUUGCAGUCCUUUGAAAUAUCCAGAAAAAUUGUUCAGAAGAUACAAGGGAUUCUUGUACAGGAGUGUUCUUGUGUACAGUUCUUUGUUAUUAGAAAUUAUUUAAGAGGGAAUAAAAGUAACUGUGGGCAGUGUUUUCUGAA